CGCAGAAGGCUUUGAGAACUCGAAAGGUGCACAGGGCAAGGCCCUCAUCACAAUGAGGGAAUCGCGUUAUCCAAAUUUGACGCUGCGUUAAUUAUAAUCAUAUUUUUUUACACACCAUUGAAAUUUAAAUUUAUUAAGAAAAAAAAAUAGUCACUGUCAAUUUUUUUAUAAACUGACAUUAUUAUGUCUUUUUAUGAAUUUUAUUUAUUUUUUAUGACUAUCAAUAAAACUAAUUUUGUAUAAUUUUUUUUUUUUAAAUUCAAUUUGCUUUUUUUAUUUUUAUUUUCUUUUUAUAUUUUCAUUAAAAUGUGAAGUGUUUGAAAAGUUUAAAAAGUUUUGGAUAAUUUAAUAAGUGAUAAUAAUUAUUUUUUAGUGGAAAAUUAUAAAAAAGAAUAUUUUUUUUUUGUGAAAAAAAAAAAUUGUGAAAAAUGCCAACAGCAUCUACUUCGAUUUAUUGGAAUUCAAUAGACUCACAACGGUCUUCGGGCGACAGUUCCGGUGAUACAAAUUCCGGAAGUGGACGACACUAUGUUGAUCCUUGGGACUUGGAGAAUUAUGCUUAUCUGAGACGACACAGUGUACCAACGCCUGUUUAUCAAUCACAACCACGUUCCGGUUAUAGUCGCUUGUCACAUAACUCACGUGUUGAGUCUGAUUAUUGGUACACUUCCCGUAAAAGGGAACCUGGUUAUGAUGCUCCAGCUUCUGUGGAAGAAUUAUAUUUUGGAACAUCAAGCAGACCCAGUACUUGUUAUCAACCAAUAUUAUAUGAAGAUGAAGUUUCAUAUGUCGCACCAAUUUCUCUUUAUUCUCCUCUCUCUGAACUCGGACAUGUCGAGUCCAUCGAAGAGCAUCGGAUGAAUGAAAUACAAAGACGAAGGUUGAGAAUAGAACGUACCAGAGGCCAUCGAAGAAUAAGGCAAAAUAACAUAGACGAGUGCUUCUAUCAUGGUUUCGCAGCAUCAGUUGAAGCGCCACGUAAUUUUAAAGUGAUGAUACCCCCGAGGAAAACGAAGGUCGAGGACAAAAGAUACAUAGAAGUGAUACCGCCAACUCGCCUCGGAUUAAAUACAUACGGACAUCUCAAGAUCGAUUACACAAAUAGCUGGAACUCACUGCAUCGCAAGAUUAGCAAAUGAGGACAGAACUCGUGGGGUUUCGAAGCAACACACUCUUAACAACGGUGGGCGUCGUGAUUUUGUAAUUAAUGAGAGAUCCUUUGGAACAUCACUCGAAUCCUCUUUCCGAUCUUCUAUCUAAUAGACACUCCAAUCCCUACACUUGUACAAAAAAAAAUCUUUAUACCUCUAACAAAGAAAACUUUAUUUAUAGUUUUUAUAUUUCAAUACAUUUCAAUGCAUUGAAUUUACAAGUUCGUUUUAAUAUUAUUUAUAAAGUUAAUUAUGUGUAUACCAAAAUGAUAUUUUUUAUUUUUAAUUAAUUAGUUAAUUGUUUAUAUAAAAAAAAAUGUCAAUGACAAAUUUUCAUUUUUACUAUAAUGUAAUUAAGAAAUAAAUUUUUCUAUCGAAAAUUCAA